GGCCCCAGCCUCCGCCUGGAGCUCUGCCUGUCUCAGCCCUGAGGUGGGCACCCGCUGGGCAGAGUGGGCCUCAGGGGCCAUCCUGAGGCUGCGGUGAGGCGGGAGGAGGCCAGCAGGCCCCGUGGGGGCACCAUGGACAAGUUCCGGAUGAUCUUCCAGUUCCUGCAGUCCAACCAGGAGUCCUUCAUGAAUGGCAUCUGUGGUAUCAUGGCCCUGGCCAGCGCCCAGAUGUACUCCGCCUUCGACUUCAACUGCCCCUGCCUGCCGGGCUACAACGCUGCCUACAGUGCCGGCAUCCUGCUGGCGCCGCCCCUGGUGCUCUUCCUGCUCGGCCUGGUCAUGAACAACAACGUGUCCAUGCUGGCCGAAGAGUGGAAGCGGCCGCCAGGCCGCCGGGCCAAGGACCCCGCCGUGCUGCGCUACAUGUUCUGCUCCAUGGCCCAGCGCGCCCUCAUCGCGCCCGUCGUCUGGGUGGCCGUCACGCUGCUCGACGGCAAAUGCUUCCUCUGCGCAUUCUGCACGGCGGUGCCCGUGAGCCUGCUGGGCAAUGGCAGCCUGGUGCCCGGCCUGCCCCCACCCGAGCUUGCCCGCCUGCUGGCCCGGGUGCCCUGCCCUGAGAUCUACGAGGGCGACUGGCUGCUGGCCCGCGAGGUGGCCGUGCGUUACCUGCGCUGCAUCUCGCAGGCCCUGGGCUGGUCCUUCGUGCUGCUGACCACGCUGCUGGCAUUUGUCGUGCGCUCUGUGCGGCCCUGCUUCACACAGGCCGCCUUCCUUAAAAGCAAGUACUGGUCCCACUACAUCGACAUCGAGCGCAAGCUCUUUGAUGAGACGUGCACGGAGCACGCCAAGGCCUUCGCCAAGGUCUGUAUCCAGCAGUUCUUCGAGGCCAUGAACCACGACCUGGAGCUGGGUCACGCCCACGGGGCGCUGGCCGCCGGCCCCACUGGCUCGGCUGCCCCUGCUGCCACAGAAGGGGUGGAUGAGGAGAGGGAGAAGCUGCAUGGCAUCACCGAUCAGGGCACCAUGAACAGGUUGCUCACGAGCUGGCAUGAGUGCAAGCCGCCCCUGCGGCUGGGCCAGGAGGAGCCACUGGUGGGCAAUGGCUGGGCUGGGGGUGGGCCCCGGCCUUCACGCAAGGAGGUGGCCACCUACUUCAGCAAAGUGUGAGCCGCGGCCAGGUGAAGAGGUGGAAAUGAGAUGUGAGCCCACAGCUCCUCAGACCCCCAAACUGGAUGAAGAGAUGAAGGCUGCAGGUGCUGGUUGUAGGCUGCAGAGCAGACCUGCGUGCCCAGGCACUCACCUGCCCAUUUGAGGUGGGAAAUUUGGAGUUGGAAGGGGACCUUAGUCCCCCAGCUAUGGGACUAUCCUGGAAGGUCCUGGAGUUACAGGGCCAUGAGCAGUAUUAGUCAGAGGGAUUCAGAACUGCCUUUGGGGGAGACAAGCUCCCAUCUGCCCAGCCCCUCCCAGGCCACGUCACCCCUGGUUCACUAUCUCCUCUCAGGCUCUGUGAGCACCUUGCUCCAGCGUUCACUCAUCUGUGAUUCUUUUUUAAGAUCUUAGUUCCCUUAUGCUCAAGGCUCAGGGAAGUCCAGCCACCUCAUGAAGCAGGAAUCCUCUGAUUUUGGCUGGUCUCCUGAGUGAGGCUGAACAGACCAAAGUGGGUCAUAAGGACCUGACACAGCCCCAUCUGAUGGAACACGCCUAUGGUCACAGGGGAUAAGAUAUCAGAAGCUAGGUCCAGUCGGGAGAAGCCAGGAUGUGGCUCCCCACAGAGGUCACUCAACAUCAUCAAGGCGGACUGCACACUUCCUUAGCACUGGCACGGAAGGCCCCUGUCUUAGUCUGUUUGAAUUGUUCUAACAAAUACAGCAGACUGGGUAGCUUCUAAAUGACAGAGGCCUCUCCCACCAUUCUGGAGACUGGAAGUCCAAGAUCAUGGCACUGCCGUGGUCAUGUUCUGAUAGAGGCCCUCUUCCUGGUUGGCAGAGCGUGCCAGCUCAGUGUGUCCUGUGGUGGGUGAGACUGGGGGUCUCUGGAGCCUCUUUUUAAAUUUUUUAUUUAUGUAUUUAUUUGGCUGCACUGGGUCUUAGUUGUGGCAUGUGGGAUCGAGUCUCCUGACCAGGGAUCGAACUCAGGCCCCCUGCAUUGGGAACAUGAAAUCUUAACCACUGCACCACACAGGGAAGUCCCUGGAGCCUCUUUUAUAAGGCAUGAAUCCCAUGCCUUGAGCACCUCCCAAAGGUCCCACUCAU